GGAGUGGGAAAAUAUUUCCAUGGUGAGUGAAAGACUGCACAGAGACGGCAGAGAGGUGGAACUGAGGUUCCCCAUUCUCUGGCAAAAAUGAAGGCACUCACACUUCUCUCCCUGCUCGGCUGCCUGAUCACGGCAAACGAAGCAAAAAUCUUUAGCCGAUGUGAACUAGCCUAUACGCUGCAUGAAGAAGGGCUGGACGGGUACGAGGGUUACAGCCUCGCCAACUGGAUCUGCAUGGCAUUCUUUGAGAGCGGCUUCAAUUCGGCAGCAGAGGACGACAAUGCAGAUGGCAGCACGGACUAUGGCAUCUUCCAGAUCAACAGCCGUGUCUGGUGCAACAACUACCGGAGCCCCACUGAGAACCUCUGUCACAUACCCUGCACUGACUUGCUGUCAAAUGACAUAACAGAUGACAUCGUCUGUGCCAAAAGAAUUGUGCGAGACCCACAAGGAAUGGAUGCCUGGGAGGACUGGACAAUGCACUGCAAAGGGCGAGACCUGUCUGAGUGGGUGGAUGGAUGUGACCUGUGAGAAAGUCACCAGCCUGGCUCUGCUAUGACUUCUCAGGGUUUUCCUGAAAAGGGAAUGUUUCUGUCUCUCCCUGUGCACUUCUGGCAGAUAGCACAUACAAACAAUCCAUUCCACAAACCAACAGGAAAAACACAAAACAACAAAUACUAAUUUAAAGUAUAACUUUCAAAAAAAAAUAAAUGGAUUUAUUAAUUUAAAAGAAAUCAGCUUAG